AUGGAGUGUGUUUUGACACGUAAAUUGUGAUCACAUUUGCAAGCAAAGUAGCGCUUAUAGCUGUGGUAUUUCAUCAGCACUAGGUAGUAAGAAAUAUGCCUGAAAUGGAGAACCUUUCAAUAGGAGAAAUAUACACUUCUGAAAAGAACGGCAGUGAUGAGACUGGAGAUGGGAGUGAAGCGAAGCCUUUUAAGACCAUAUUGCAGGCUAUGCGACACGCUGGCAAGGAGCCUUUCCCCACAAUUUACGUGGACGCGAAAGAAGAAGGAAAAGUUUACGAGGUUGCCGCUAAGUCGCAACUGAAGAAGAUCAACAAAAUCUGGGUCAGAGAGAACUAUAAGGCUGUCGAUAAGGCGAAGGCAGAAGAUGAAGGCAACGACAAAAGGCUACAGAACUUGGAAGAGGCUAAAAAGAUUGUAAUCAAAGAGGACCCUAGUCUACCUAAGGCGAAAAUCGUGAAAAUUUCAGAAACUGGCGAGCACCGAGGCGAGCGUAUCUGCGUCCGCGGCUGGGUGCACCGUCUCCGGCGCCAGGGCCGCUCGCUCGCCUUCCUCACGCUGCGCGACGGCUCCGGCUACCUGCAGUGCGUGCUGCACGGCCUACUCUGCCAGACCUACAACGCGCUCGUACUCUCCACGGAGUCAUCUGUUAUCCUGUAUGGACAGCUUGCUGUCGUGCCUGAGGGGAAGAUGGCACCAGGUGGUCACGAGUUAGCUGUGGACUACUGGGAGCUGGUGGGGCUGGCGCCGCCCGGUGGAGCUGACGCCAUCCUCAACGAGGAGGCCUUGCCCGACGUGCAGCUUGACAACAGACACAUAAUGAUCCGCGGUGAGAACACAUCGAAGGUCCUCCGCGCCCGCGCCGCCGUGACCCGCGCCUUCCGUGAUCACUUCGCUUCGCGCAAGUACACCGAGGUCACGCCGCCCACCAUGGUGCAGACACAGUGCGAGGGAGGCAGCACGCUCUUCAAGUUCAGCUACUUUGGCGAGCAGGCGUACCUGACGCAGAGCUCGCAGCUGUACCUGGAGACAUGCCUGGCGGCGCUGGGCGACGUGUACUGCAUCGCGCAGUCCUACCGCGCGGAGCAGUCGCGCACGCGCAGGCAUCUCGCUGAAUACAGCCACGUAGAGGCUGAGUGUCCGUUCAUAACGUUCGAGGAGUUGCUGGAGCGGCUCGAGGACCUGGUGGUGGACGUCGUGGACAGAGUGCUGGACUCGCCAGACGCGCAUCUCGUCUACGAACUCAACCCUGACUUCAAGAGACCCAAGAAGCCGUUCAAGCGAAUGGCGUACACAGAAGCUAUCGAGUACCUUCGCGCCAACAACAUCACUAAAGAUGAUGGCUCCUUCUACGAGUUUGGAGAGGACAUCCCCGAGAUGCCGGAGCGCAAGAUGACGGACGCUAUCGGCGAGCCCAUCCUGCUGUGCAAGUUCCCCGCGGAGAUCAAGUCCUUCUACAUGCAGCGCUGCGCCGACGACCGCCGCCUCACGGAGUCCGUGGACGUGCUCAUGCCCGGCGUCGGGGAGAUCGUCGGCGGGUCCAUGAGGACCUGGGACCACGAGGAACUCAUGGAAGGCUACAAGCGCGAAGGUAUCGACCCGUCCCCGUACUACUGGUACACGGACCAGCGUAAGUUCGGGUCGGUCCCUCACGGCGGCUACGGGCUCGGCCUGGAGCGCUUCCUCUGCUGGCUGCUGCAGCGACACCACAUCCGCGACGUCUGCCUCUACCCACGCUUCCUCGAACGUUGUACUCCCUAGACAAGUAUAGGAAACACACACGAAAACUAUCGACGGAAUUUUUGUAUAUUUGAGUGUCGUGGAUGCUUUACAGUGAAUAGAGAUGUUUAGUAAGUUUUGAACGUUUAACAAAGCAUAAAUAGUUACUAACUUGACAAUGAUUCAUCAUUAGAAGAUGGAAAGGUUAGUCACACGUAUUUAUCGGGAUUGUUCGACUCAUUACGGCCCCAGCAGGUACGAUUCGCGAUCCCGUCGCGGCAGGCGUCAAUUCUAAUAAAAACGCGGGAGUACAUCAUUUAUUAAAAAAAUCUCUUAAGUUAGUAAUCCUUGCAAAAUGUAACUCUAUUCACUUAGUAAUACCGACAAAUAAUAAGGCUAUACGCGUAUUUGUGGUUAAAAGAUACCAUACAAAUUCUUACAUGAAUUGCAAAUGUUCUUUCGAUAGUUUUCGUGAUAACUCCAGUGUUCUGUGUUCGCUUAUUGCGCUAUUUACAUAUAUACCACCAUAUACUUACUACAUAUAACACUGGUCCUAAGACUUAUUAUUGCGCCAUUGAAAAAAAAAAUAUCAAAUGUUAUAUCAAAGUACAGUGAAGUUAUAAUAUACAAUUUUAACACAAUCACUUUAAUUGAUCUGCGGUUUGUAUUUUAUGUAGUUAAGUUAUGGACUGACUGUUGCCAUCUAGUGAUUGUAAACCAUCUGUUCAGGAGUCGCCAAGCGACGAAGCUAGGUCUUAUAAGUAAGCGUCAUAAUUUGUUAAUAUAAUUAUAUAGUUGUUAUUGAUCUAAAUUAUCUCUCUAAUGUUUUGUUUUUCACACGAUCUGUUUGAUUUCUUUUUAUAAUGUUUUGUACUGGAGUACAAAUAUAAUACGAAAACCGGCAUUUAAGUAAGGAAUGUUAACAUUCCAUUUUGUUUUAUAUUUCUUCAAAUAUCAGUUGCGGUGUUAUUUUUAUUUAAAUACAGUUUCAUAAAUUGA